GCGAAUUUCGGCCUCAUUUUUUUGGACAUUUUUUAGCUGACGAAUGUCGGGGCACGUUAGUGCAUUUCCAAAUGGUUUAUGGCGUGUAGACACAUCGUAAUGUGACAGUUUCGUAGUUCAACGGUCCGGAUGCGAACAUGUCCAAGGUAUGUAUUCGUUUCCUGUCACAUGAUCUACUCCUUCAGGUAGAAGAUCCGGGUGUUCAAAAGAAUCCUUCCCUGGAGUGUAUAAACGCCGGUUUCACUUUCCGAAGUAAAGCACCUGGAUGUAACGUCUUACAUAUGCCUCACGCACCGGUUUCACAAGCUGCUCUCAGUGCUUCUGGUCCAUGUGAUUGGUUAGCUUCCUCAAAUCCGUCUACGGAGGACUCAACGCCCUCCGUAACCGGUUUAACCUUCGAGGAAACACGAAUGUUAUGGAGCAAUAGUGCGCUGUUGCCCAGUGCUUCAGUUCAAGAUGUUCCCGUCAUAAAAUCGCUCACACUCAACUCGGUGCCGUGGGAGUUGCCUUCGACCCACACGACCUCUAAUUCGAUACCCAUGAAUUCAAAUCGCAGGGAAAAGAUCGGGUCGGUACAGUUUACCGAAUCCGGUAUAGCUGAAGGAGGUAUCUUGAUGUCACCAGGCUCAAAGGAUAUGGCAACCCUAGGGAUGCAGAUGGUUGAUCAAGUGCUGAGCAAUUCUCCCGGCACUGGAGCUCUAUUACUUCGAGAGUUUCAGGACAACCAACAUGGAGCAUACCGCACUGCAGUAUCUUCAACUACGCUGACCAGCUCGACAACCCCAAGCGCGUCUUUCUCGUACGAUCCCGAGCUAAGACCCUUGGAAAACGACACAACAAGUAUCGCGCAUACAGGCGCCAUCGCUACCGCAGUUACUAGUUGUUUCAAUUCAGCACAGUUUUAUAUUCGUCCGUCAAACUCGACAAGGCCAGCACUUCCUCACAUCCCGAUUCCAUAUCCACUCAUGUCCAACCAGAUCUCUGAUUUUAUGCAGUACAGCAACCCCGCAUGUUCCGACCCCACUGGUAGUGAGUACCGCGAAAAUUCGGCUCACUCUGAAAACCUUUUACACCAACUCAUCGGCGUUCACUCGGGAGUUGAAACUCCCGUAUCCACACCGACUGCGGUAACUUCCGCCAUCCCUCUUGGAUUACCGGUGUCUCAAGCUUCUAGAGAGGCGCGACUUCUUGGGCAGUCAGAGGUAAACCCGGUUAUGUCCAUGGUCCCGCAAGCUGACCAGGUACAUCGAUAUCAGCACAUGGACGCGGGCUACAUGCCUCAUCCGAGUCAACACGGACAAUUCAAUCCUCUUGCUGUUGCAAAUCCAGGCAGUUCCAUCAAUCCUUCGGAAAUGACUGUCUAUCCCGAACAGAAUGGCUCAAUGGCACCCGCCAUCGGUCCUCUGACUUCUGUCGGUGCUGAAGGGUUCGCAGCAAGCGCUCGCAUCCCGACAGUUUUCAAUCCGGUCGAUCAAAAUAGUUGUCCGGGUUACGCUGCUCCAUCAUUGGAUUACUAUUUAAAUGGGACAUAUAAUGCGGAGAGCAACCGUUUACCGGAACAACCAGUCCUUGAGAACAUGGGUGGUACAUUUCCCACGACCUCCCAGUUAGGAGGACACGGCAUCCAGGGUGGGUCGUGCGGAACCGCAGCCAAUGGAUACGUUCCUCAAGUCUACGGUCAACUCCAGCCAGAGCAGAUGGGUGUAUCGGGUACUCCUCCCGUUGCUGGCAAUAUUCUCGGACCUCAAUACAUCGGUGGUCCUAUGGCAAAUCAAGGACAACAGAGUGUAACCUUUUCCAAUAUACCAUCUAGUGGGUUAUAUCAAUCUUUGGUGCAGCCUAGGGAUCAACCAGCAACCUAUCAACCACAGCCAGUUUCCUCUGACCAACAACAGUCGAUGGCUCUGUUUGCAAAUACCCUGCAGCUAUUCGCGGCGACUGCUAGAAAUCUAAAUACAGCAACCUCUGAUCCUCGUCUGUCUUUGCAACCAGCCCCAAACAAUGCCAAUGUACAGAUACCUACCGCUAUGGAAAACGUCGGAGGACAGGGUCUUGGUGCUCAGCUCCCUUUCACACAACAGUUACUUCCAGAUCAGCUCCAGACAUUUUCUAAUUCAUCUUGCCCAAUACCAACUGCGCCCACCAUUGAAAGCCCUAUUCCACGGCUUCCCAAUAUCUCCCAGUUAGCUAAUAUAGAUACACGACAAUGCGCUGGAUUCGCGGGCCCUGGCCCUCCACCUGUGUCGUCACCUGCAAUGUACCAGUCAGUUCAAGCAACUGGGGUUUUCUCCACGCACGAAAUGCUGCCCAACUCAGAAUUUCAAUCAAUCAGUAUGGGGUUAUCUGGUCCUGUGACAGCGAACCAGAUGGGCAGCCGAAUUUUCCCUGCAUCUGCAACUAUGCCCCCACCCACUGCCCUAGCUACUCUCACUUCCAACCGACUUCCUUACCUACCACUGGGUGCUGAAACUCAGUCCCCACCACCUUUAAGACCACCCCAUGCCUUCCCUGUCACACGGAACGGGUUAUCGACAGACACCUUCCGAACAGCGCUACCUACCUCGGGCCUGCACCCUUCUCGCCGGGGCGUUGGUCCUGCUCCCACCACCUCACCACCAGUACCUAAUCCGCGUUUUCCUCAUCGACCACCUUCUAACUUUCCGCAGCAACUUGGAUUACCGUUUGUCCCUCAAUCAGUCCCUCCAUUUCACCCUCGUCAUCCUAUGCACCAACCUCCACCCGUCCUCCCACCUCCGGGCUUUUUGCCCCCACCAACCCAUCCUCCAAAUGGUACCAAUACUUUCGGACCCUCGUUUAUCAACACAGCCCCAGGCAAUGUAGUGAGGCCGAGUUAUGUGGAUGUGGCAGCCAGCAAGUACGCCAAGGAUCAUGCAGCGCAACUUCCAGCGGUGGCCGCUGCAAUGCUGUCACUUGCUGCGGCUCAACAACCGAACGGCAUUGCACCAGGUUUUGGUCUUCGUCCCCCAUCCACGCAUAACAUACCCUACCAACAAUCAUUCUAUAGUCUGCCCGUUGGGUCUGGGACAACACAAAAUUUUCACGACAAUUCGGCUUCUUAUCCACAACCCAGUCAUCCGCAAAUUGGAGGUCUGGUCCCAUCUGGUACUCCGAGCACGCUACCUACGGAUCGCAGCCGACUUCUUGAUGAAUUCCGGAACGGCCGGCUCCCUUGGUUAACACUGAGGGACCUGACGAACCACAUCGUAGAAUUUGCACAAGAUCAAUACGGUUCUCGGUUCAUUCAACAGAAACUCGAACAGGCUAGCGCUGUGGACAAAACCGCUGUGUUCCGUGAGAUACUACCGCAUGCUUAUAACCUCAUGGUGGAUGUCUUCGGUAACUAUGUGAUACAGAAGUUCUUCGAAUUGGGAACUCCAGAACAGAAACAGAUUUUGGGACAACGUAUUCGAGGUCAAGUGCUUACUUUGUCUCUGCAAAUGUAUGGCUGUCGAGUUAUACAAAAGGCUGUGGAAUCUGUUCCGUUGGAUAUGCAGGUCGCAAUCAUACGAGAGCUGGAUGGAUGCGUUAUCAAGUGUGUCAAAGACCAGAAUGGUAAUCAUGUGGUCCAGAAGUGCAUUGAAUCUGUUCCUCCAGAACACUUGCAAUUCAUCGUGGACUCUUUCACAAACAAUGUACAGUCAAUAUCAACGCAUUCGUACGGUUGUCGUGUUAUCCAGCGCAUCCUAGAGCACUGUACUCCGGAACAAACUGCUCCAAUAUUGGCCGAACUCCAUCAGCAUACUGAAUCCUUGGUAAAAGAUCAAUAUGGCAAUUACGUAAUUCAGCAUGUCCUGGAGCAUGGAAAGACCGAAGACAAGAGUCGAAUAGUUGAUCUGAUUAAGGGCCGUGUAGCAGAACUGAGUGUUCACAAGUUCGCCAGUAAUGUAGUCGAGAAGGCCGUGGCCAAUGCUACACGAGCUGAGCGUCAGUCUCUGAUCAACGAGGUUUUGGAGAGCAAUUAUCCAACCGAUCCCAAUGACCGACCUAGGUCGGGUGAUUUCCUUGCAUUGAGCGGCAGCAGUGAUGGCGGUGGAAGUGCAGAUGAACCGCAUGGAAAUACCUCAAUCUUAUGUAUGAUGAUGAAAGAUCAAUAUGCCAAUUAUGUGGUACAGAAGAUGCUGGAUGUCGCGGAGCAACCCAUUCGCAAGGAACUGAUGAAUCAGAUCCGACCACAUCUGAACAGUUUGCGGAAGUACACAUACGGUAAACAUAUUAUCAACAAAAUGGAGAAACACUACAUGAAAUCGAAUCAAUCUCACUUUGUUUUGGAUCUUAAUGCACCUUCGCCCCCACCGGUACACAAUACACCAUCUAACUCACAAGUGGAUGUAUCAGUAACUGUGGCCGCAGGAAACCAUAUUCGAAACAAUGGUGGAAUGUGCGGUGCACCUGCAUCAAUAUUACCUCCGUUGCUUACAGCCAGUGAGAUGGCUGUGAGGGCACCGAAAUCGGGAUUGAAUAGAUCCAAUCACCCGCAGCAUUAUUACCAUCAAACAUGCCACUCAGCUUCCUUCAGCUAUUUCCCCUACGGAUCGUUCAACCAAGAACGUCUGGCAUUAUCACGUAGGUCUAAGCCACGGAAACCUCGUGUGUCUACAUCCGACACUGGUGGUAGUGUGUCUGACCUAUCUAGCAGGUUGGCGGCCACAACACUUGGAAACAAUGAAGCGAAUAGUUUUCUUCCCAAUGAACAAGAUAAUGCCUCUCCAAGAACUCACUUGGAUGAAAACGUCUGUGAUACACAACAUGAUCUGGCUGUCGGAAUCAGCGGUUCUGAAAACUCUUGUCCUGAUUUAAGCCCAAAUCAGACAACUGGAGGAGCAUCAUCCUCCCCUGAGGCAUCAAACUGGAAUGAGAAGUACAAGUGUCCUGCACCAAUCGAAUACGAACAGCCAAGUGGCUCGCCUGUUGGCAACGGCCCAGUUGUUGGACAAUCCCCCGAUUCCGCAUCACUUUCUCUGCCGGGAACUUGAAGAUACAACUUGAGCGUCAGUUAGGCAGGCUAGUGAACCGAAUUCACACCCAUACUUUUUUGCCAAUCAUCUUGACAGACUGUUUCCUCACAUUCUCCUACCCAUGAGGUUCUUAGGCUGUUUGAAACAACGUCUUCUGUCAUACUCUACUGCACCCAACCUUUGUCUUCUUUCCACAAUGUUCACGUUACCGCAUUUCAGACACCGCCGCCAACAUAUUCCCCCCACCCCCGAAUUCAUGUACAUCUGUCUAUCUCCGGCAGUCUUGUCAACUCUUCUUUCCACUCACCCUGACUUGAUUACUGAUCGUUCACGUUCCUCUCUUUUGAUUUGACGGACCAUAAUGUCUUGGCAAUACAGCUCUUCAUUUCUUUCUCCCUUUUCCUCGAAACAGAUAAAUGCAGUAAUUAGCAUAUCACACCUGUCCACCGUUCACCGUUUUAUCCUCGGUUCCUCUUUUAUUGCCGUGUGUAUAUCAGAAGUUUCUGUUCAAUUGUCAAAUCUUGUGAUCAUCACGUGUAUACAACUGUAAAUCCUUGUAGGUGGACUCGGUUCUACUCGACUUCUUUUCUUACUUGUUCUGUCAACAUCUAGUUGCCCGGCGACCACCAUAGACUCCAUCAUAAUCCCAAAAUUUAAUCUCCGCGCGCGCGUGUGUGCCUGUGUUCGUCUGACUCGGCUUCUCGUACCCAAUGUUGCAUAAAUCGUGUAUUUAAUUUCGAGCACUUCCCUCUUUCGAUUCCGUUUAGUUGUGAAAUACCUGUAGCGUGUGCAUAUAAAUACUAAAAAUAAUUCUUUCGUGCUAUUUCAAGCAUUCAGCUGGUUUAUGCGUGCAUAUUUACCCAACCGCAAUGGGUUUGGUUUUUCUUGUACUCUAUUAUACAUAGUCUCUGUAUAACGAAUGCAUAUUGUUUCUUAUUCCCUUCCAUCAAAAACGUCCCCCAACUUAAUCUCCUCCGCCCUUUCUCUUGCUCUUCGACACGGCCCUUCAUAAUCGUGUUCAUUAUCAGUGCUCCAUUGUCCGCAGUUAAUUUAGCUAUUUGUCGUAUCGAGUUUCCUAACUUCUAUGUACUCGUCUGCUGCGCUCCUGGUGAACAUUUGUCUCAUCUGAUUUGACGUUUUCACGCACACACACUGGACCUCGUGCAUAGUCUGAUAAACUAUUAUCUCUCACAAACGGUAGGUUAUCUAGUUGCGUUGUGCUAAAUGUACAUGCCUACCUAUUUUUGGUUGGGGUGAACCUUGGUCAUGCUUUCUUUUCUCAUCUUAUCAAUCAUGCACCGCUACCCU